UCCAAGUUGUAGAAACAUCUCCAAGGUUGAUCAAUGGAAACAGGAUGCAUAAGAACACCCAUGCCAAUAUAUCCUCUGAACAGCAGCUUCUCUGGUGUUAGCACUUAAUAUGCAUCUUAAUAUAAUUUUUGUGUUUACACCGCUACUGUUUAUUUCUAAGACAACACUAUAGCAGCCUCCUACUGUAUAAUGAUUACAAAUACUCAUUGUUAUCCAUAUCAAUAAUACGAUUGUAAUGCAUACACUUCAAUUCAAUCAUAUGAAUUAGAUGAAUGUAAUAGUUUGGAACCGUAUUGUUUCCAGUAUAGUUUGAUGUUUAUAAUCAGUUUAACAACGCACCUCCAAUGGUGUGACAUGGAAUGUUACUUGUGAAAUGUACGCAUUUAACUGGUAAUAUGUCUGGCAAAGCCAAACAGUUACUUUACUUAUCAUGUUGCCUUAGUUUUAUAUUUAUUGUAUUCCCUCUGAGACAUGUUUACAUUUACUUUUUAUUUUGUAAAAAGGUGGCUGUAAUUGAAGAUUUGUGUUCAAUUAAACGUGUCCUGUCAUAUUUAUGUACACAACUGCAAUGCACACAUGGUGAGAUUUCAAUCCGUACACACAUUUUUCUAUAAAGAUAGGAACUAGUGUUGUGUGGUCAUUAGUUCUUGCCGAAUUCAGUUUAGCUGCUCACGUUGGUCGAAUGGAUGUCUGCGAAAUGAUUGAAUGAAAAUAACUAAAGCCAGUUAUUAUUUUUUUGCAAUUGGAGCGUAUGAAUUAUGCUGUAAUAAAAGUGAAAGGCAAGACUAACUGGAAACUAUCGUAGCUUAUUCAUGAUAGGUAGGUUUAUGUGAUAAAAUACUGGAACACCUUGAAGCUAAGCUAGCUAACAGACGCGAGUGGAGCAUUAAUUAGCAAGUGCUGAGGGCUUGCAGGAUGUAUGCCGUAUACCGCCAAGCCCACUCCCCCACCGCCAUCGAGUUCUCUGUCUACUGUAACUUCAUCUCCAACGUGGAGAAAAACCUGGUCGUCGCUGGAACAUCUCAGCUUUACGUCUACAGGAUCAUUCACGAUGUGGAGAAUGCCUCAAAGACAGACAAAUCACCAGAUGUCAAGAGUCGUAAGGAGAAGUUGGAGCAGGUGGCUUGUUUCUCCUUGUUCGGUAACGUCAUGUCUAUGGCCUCUGUUCAGCUAGUAGGAGCCAACAGAGACGCUCUCCUGCUUAGUUUCAAAGAUGCUAAGCUGUCAGUGGUGGAGUAUGAUCCAGGAACACAUGAUCUGAAGACUCUCUCGCUUCACUUCUUUGAGGAGCCAGAGCUGAGGGACGGGUUUGUCCAGAACCUGCACAUCCCCAUGGUCCGUGUGGACCCAGAGAACCGCUGUGCUGUGAUGCUGGUGUAUGGAACUCAGCUGGUGGUGCUGCCAUUCAGAAAGGACACACUUACUGACGAACAGGAGGGAGUAGUGGAAGGGCCCAAGUCGAGCUUUCUUCCCAGCUACAUCAUAGAUGUCCGUGAGUUGGAUGAGAAGCUUCUGAACAUCGUAGAUAUGAAGUUCCUCCACGGUUAUUAUGAGCCCACAUUGCUCAUCCUGUAUGAGCCCAACCAGACGUGGCCUGGGCGUGUAGCAGUGAGACAGGACACAUGCAGUAUCGUAGCCAUCUCUCUCAACAUCAUGCAGAAGGUUCAUCCUGUCAUCUGGUCCCUCGGCAACCUGCCCUUUGACUGCACACAGGUCAUGGCUGUUCCCAAGCCCAUCGGUGGUGUGGUGGUGUUUGCUGUCAACUCCCUGUUAUACCUCAACCAGAGUGUUCCUCCAUAUGGCGUGUCACUCAACACACAGACCACAGGGACCACCGCCUUCCCCCUGCGUAUACAGGAGGAGGUGAAAAUCACUCUAGAUUGUUCCCAGUCCUCCUUCAUUGGCUCUGACAAGAUGGUCAUCUCUCUGAAAGGAGGAGAGAUCUAUGUGUUGACCCUGAUCACUGAUGGCAUGAGGAGUGUCCGGGCCUUCCACAUGGACAAGGCUGCUGCCAGCGUCCUCACCACCUGUAUGAUGACCAUGGAGCCUGGGUAUCUGUUCCUGGGGUCCCGGUUGGGAAACAGCCUCUUGCUGAAAUACACAGAGAAGUACCAGGAGAAUCCAGAGAAACCACCAGUGGAGGAGGACAAAGAGAAGGAAGAGGAUACCGAUGAGGAGAAGCAGGAGGAGCCUCCUAGUAAAAAGAAGAGGGGUGAUUCCUCUACCAAGUUGACAGCUGGUAAGAACCAACUGCCUGAUGAGGUGGAUGAAAUUGAGGUGUACGGGAGCGAGGCGGCAUCUGGCACACAGUUGGCCACCUACUCCUUUGAGGUGUGUGACAGCAUACUGAACAUCGGACCUUGUGCUGGUGCGUCCAUGGGGGAGCCAGCCUUCCUCUCUGAAGAGUUCCAGACCAACCCAGAACCUGACUUGGAGAUAGUGGUGUGUUCUGGCUUUGGGAAGAACGGAGGUCUGUCUGUGCUUCAGAGAAGCAUCCGACCCCAGGUGGUCACCACCUUUGAGCUGCCAGGUUGCCAUGACAUGUGGACUGUCAUCUCCAAUGAGGUCAAGGAGAAAGUCAAAGAGAAAGACAAGCCCCCUGCAGCUGAGGGAGAAGGUGAGACCCCUGAGGAAGAAGAGGAGAAGGCGGAGCCUGCGCCAGUGGAGGACGAUAAGAAAAAACAUGGCUUCCUGAUUCUCAGCAGAGAGGACUCCACCAUGAUCCUGCAGACGGGCCAGGAGAUCAUGGAGCUGGACACCAGUGGUUUCGCCACCCAGGGGCCCACUGUGUUCGCUGGGAACAUCGGAGACAACAAAUACAUCAUCCAGGUCUCCCCCAUGGGCAUACGGCUACUGGAAGGAGUGACCCAGCUGCACUUCAUCCCGGUGGACCUGGGUUCUCCCAUAGUGCAGUGCUCUGUAGCGGACCCCUAUGUGGUCAUCAUGACGGCAGACGGAGUGGUCACCAUGUUUGUCCUGAAGACCGACUCCUACAUGGGCAAGACCCACCGCCUGGCCCUGCAGAAACCACAGAUAGCUGCUCAACCCCGUGUGAUCACGCUGUGUGCGUUCCGUGACGUCAGCGGGAUGUUCACCACAGAGAACAAGCAGACCUGUCACACUGAGGAUCAAGACAGCAUGUUCAAGAGCCAAUCAGAGACCGAGACCAUUCUACAGGACCUCAGUAACACAGUGGAUGAUGAGGAGGAGAUGUUGUAUGGAGACUGUAACCCAGCAGGCAUCACCCCCACCAAAGACGAGUCCCACCCCGGCUACCGCCUCUCCUCUGGGGCCCUGGGUGGGGGCUCCGAGGGGAGGUUGGGACGAGCUGAACCUACACACUGGUGCAUGAUGGUCCGCGAGAACGGCGUCAUGGAGAUCUACCAGCUACCUGACUGGAGACUGGUGUUCCUGGUCAAGAACUUCCCUGUUGGCCAGAGAGUGUUGGUUGACAGCUCUGCCGGCCAAUCAGCAGCCCAGGGUGAGGGGAAAAAGGAGGAAGUGACACGACAAGGAGAGAUCCCAUUGGUCAAAGAGGUGGCCCUGGUGUCGCUCGGCAACAACCACUGCAGGCCCUACCUGCUGGUCCAUGUUGAACAGGAGCUUCUGAUCUAUGAAGCGUUCCCAUAUGACCAGCAGCAGCAUCAGAGCAACCUGAAGGUCCGCUUCAAGAAGAUGCCCCACAACAUCAACUUCCGGGAGAAGAAGUCGAAGGUGAAGAAAGAUAAGAAGGCGGAGGGUCAGGUUGGUCUCAGCGAGGAGGGGCCAACGGUGGUCAAAGGUCGCGUGGCCAGGUUCAGAUACUUUGAGGAUAUCUCUGGCUACUCUGGGGUGUUCAUCUGUGGCCCCUCCCCUCACUGGAUGCUGGUGACGUCACGGGGGGCGAUGAGGCUCCACCCCAUGACGAUUGACGGACCAAUCGAGUCCUUCUCCCCCUUCCACAACAUCAACUGCCCUAAAGGUUUCCUCUACUUCAACAAGCAGGGCGAGCUGAGGAUCAGUGUUCUACCCACGUACCUGUCGUAUGACGCCCCCUGGCCAGUCAGGAAGAUUCCUCUGAGGUGCACCGUUCACUAUGUGUCCUACCAUGUGGAGUCCAAGGUGUAUGCAGUGUGCACCAGCGUGAAGGACCCCUGCACUCGCAUCCCCAGAAUGACCGGAGAGGAGAAGGAGUUUGAGACCAUAGACAGAGACGAACGCUACAUUCCUCCUCAGCAGGAGAAUUUCUCCAUUCAGCUCAUAUCUCCUGUCAGCUGGGAGGCCAUCCCUAACACACGGAUUGACCUGGAGGAGUGGGAACAUGUGACUUGUAUGAAGACUGUGGCGUUGAGGAGUCAGGAGACGGUGUCUGGGCUGAAGGGAUACAUAGCUGCCGGGACUUGUCUCAUGCAGGGGGAGGAGGUCACCUGUAGGGGCCGGAUCCUGAUCCUGGAUGUGAUUGAGGUGGUCCCGGAACCGGGUCAGCCCCUGACGAAGAACAAAUUCAAGGUUCUGUAUGAGAAGGAGCAGAAGGGACCAGUCACAGCUCUGUGUCACUGCAGCGGAUACUUGGUCUCUGCAAUCGGACAGAAGAUCUUUCUGUGGAGUCUGAAGGACAACGACUUGACAGGCAUGGCCUUCAUCGACACCCAGCUUUACAUCCACCAGAUGUUUAGCAUCAAGAACUUUAUCCUGGCAGCUGACGUCAUGAAGAGCAUCUCUCUGCUCAGAUACCAGCCUGAGAGUAAGACGUUGUCGCUAAUUAGCAGGGACGCCAAGCCUCUGGAGGUCUACAGCGUAGAGUUUAUGGUGGAUAACAACCAGCUGGGAUUCCUGGUGUCAGACCGAGACCAGAAUCUGUCGGUGUACAUGUAUCUGCCUGAAGCUAAGGAGAGUUUCGGAGGCAUGCGUCUGCUGAGGAGGGCAGACUUCAACGUGGGAGCUCAUGUCAACGCCUUCUGGAGGAUGCCCUGUCGAGGGGCACUGGACACAGCUAACAAGAAGACCCUGGCCUGGGACAACAAACACAUCACAUGGUUUGCAACUCUGGAUGGAGGCCUCGGGCUGCUGCUGCCCAUGCAGGAGAAGACCUACCGCAGAUUGCUGAUGUUGCAAAACGCUCUUACCACAAUGCUGCCACACCACGCAGGAUUAAACCCCAAGGCAUUCAGGAUGUUGCAUGCUGACCGGCGGCAGCUCCAGAACGCGGUGCGAAACAUUCUGGAUGGAGAGCUGCUCAACAAGUACCUGUACCUCAGCACCAUGGAGCGUAGUGAAUUGGCCAAGAAGAUUGGCACCACCUCUGAUAUAGUCUUGGAUGAUCUUCUUGAAGUUGACAGGGUGACUGCUCAUUUCUGAGAGCAGCAUCCUUGACCACACCCCCUCAGCAUGUGAGACCCAGGGUCUUCCCCCAUUUUUUAUAUUAAAUGAAAAGGAGGCUUUUUGGUAUCUAUUUUCUGUAUGAAAAUGUAAGUUUGUGUUUAAUCAUGUUUCUUAGAAUAUUUUUUUCAACAAAAUAUGAUAAAUUCUGAAAUGUAUGGGUCUUUAUAAAAUGUUAUAUCCA